ACAGCGUCCAGGAACUACACGUAUAUAAGGUUGAGUCAAAUAAGCCGAUCAAUAUCAGUAACUUCAGUUCUCUUAACUUCUAAACAACAAUGCAUCAGUUGAUUACCAUACUCGUUUUAGUCCUUUCUGGAACUAUUGCUCAACUUAACUUACCCAAAACACCGCGUUAUUCUACCCCUCCACCGAAACCAUACCCUCCACCGGGUUAUUCUACCCCUCCACCGAAACCAUACCCUACACCUGGUUACGAGCCCAUGAUGCCGUACAGCUUUAGCUAUGCUGUCGUCGACGGUCCCAGUUACAAUAACUUUGGCCAUCAGGAGACGGCCGAUACGAAAGCCGUGACCGGAUCUUACCGUGUAGCGUUGCCCGAUGGUCGAACGCAAAUCGUGACGUACAAGGCGGAUGAAAAUGGAUACGUCGCUGAUGUCAGGUACGAAGGAAAGGCCACGUAUCCUGAAAACAAACCAUCUUACCCGCCGAAUUAUAAGCCGGCCUACAAGCCGGCCUAUCAACCGGCACCGCCCAAGAAUUACAAGCCUUGAGUGUCUUUGAAAAGUUUCAAGAUUCUUCGUGCAUAGAGUUUAAAGAUAAACCCUUGUUGUUAUUGGUUUACGAGUAUUUCCAGUUGAAAAUGAAUUAAGAAGACUUAUUGCGUGAUUUUUCCUAGAGAAAACUGUUCUGCAAGCAGAUUGAUAAAUUCAGAAACAAAUAAAAUUGAAAGACACAUA